AGUUCAAGAGAGAUCUAUAAGUAUUUUGGCUUUCUUAUAUGAUGCUUGAGCUUACCUGAAGGGGGAGAUGGGAAAGACAAGCAAAUGGCUGAGGAACUUUCUGACAGGGAAGAAGGACAAAGAGAAGGAGCAGAAUUCUUCGACUACUUCCGAGUAUCCAGCUACCCCGAUAUCGAUCCGACACAAUUCUAAAGAGAAAAAACGAUGGAGUUUUCGAAGAUCUUCUUCUGCAGCGAUGGCUGUGUCGUCGAGAGAUUCAUUCCCGUUCCCUCUUGAGAUGGUCAGCUCAAUGAUGCCGGUGGCACAGGCUGCAAUGGAUGUAGAUUAUGAGGAGAAAAGGCAAGCCGUGGCCAUGUUAGUGGUGAAAGCUGCCGCUGCUGAUGCUGCUGUGGCUGCUGCACAGGCUGCUGCUGCUGCUGCAAUCCGGCUAACUGAGGUAGCCUAUAUGAAAGCUACUGCUAUUGAGGAGGCUGCUGCCAUCAAGAUUCAAUCAGUAUUCCGGUCUUAUUUGGCAAGAAAAGCACUCCGGGCAUUAAGAGGAUUGGUGAAGUUGCAAGCACUGGCUAGGGGUCACCUUGUUAGAAAACAAGCCAAAGCUACUCUCCGGUGUAUGCAAGCGUUGAUCACGGCCCAGGCUCGAGCUCGUGCCCAAAGGAUCAGGACGAUUGAAGGGACGAAAGGAUCAGUUGGUGAUGACCCUUUUGGUUAUGGCAAUCAUGUUUCUGAGGAGAACAUUAAGAUUGUGGAGAUGGAUCAUGGAGAAUACAAACCAGGUUCCAAGAACAGGACAAGCUAUGUUGCAGACCAACAACAUGAGCGUAGGUUUCUGACUGAUCAUGUCUUUGCCACGCAUCACUCGCACCUUGUCUCACAAGUACUAUCGGAUCUAACCGACAUCGACGCACGAGGUUGCAGCAGCCAUUUCGAGGACUACUCCAUCUGUACCAUACAAAGCAGCCCUCAAGAUUACUUGGUCAAGUCUAAACCUGACCCUACACCAGAAUGUAUGCAAUCUCUGUCCUUCGAGUAUCCAAUGUUCCCAAGUUACAUGGCCAAUACAGAAUCUUCAAGAGCCAAAACCCGGUCACAGAGUGCGCCUAAGACGAGGCCUGCAUCAUUUGAGAGGCAGCCAAGCAGAAGGAAGGCAUCAACCGAUGGGAAGAAUGUCCCGAAGGCCGCUGUGCAGAUAAAACGAUCGUCUUCUCUUGUGGGUUGUAGCACUCAAGACUUGCAGUUUCCAUUGCUGAUGAAGCUUGACAAGUCCACAGGCUCACUCCAUAAUAGUGAAUGUGGCUCCACAAGUACAGUGCUCACUAAUACCAACUACAGAUCGCUUGUUUCUUGUGAAGGUCAUGGAAGCAGGUACUAUUAAAGAGUUCUACAGCAGCUAAAUAGUAUAUGUUCUCCCCAUUUUGUAGUUCAAAUUACUUAAACUUUGGAUUAAUGUUUAAAGGAGCGGGAAGCUCGCGAUUAUCGCGAGCCACCCUAUAUUUGUAAUGGUUCCAUGUCUAGAAUCCAAGGAAAAGAAAUGAAAAUAUGAUAAGAACUCUUCGUGACCUA